AUUUUUCGUUGCUGGUCACAUUAAAUACCAAAGUUGUAUCGCAUCUUUGUUUACAAAUUCGAAUUAAACAAUUAAAAUCCUCGCUUGAUGGACCUGUUAAGGAAAGAAAUAGCCCGUAAACGGAAACUACUUGAGGAUAAGCAGCUGAUCGAUGACAAGAAGAAGUACUUCAAGCGUGGCGACCUGAACGCCAAGAACACGGAGGAAGUGCUGCAGAAAGUGGGAUACAAGAAGCAGGAGUCGGUCGUGGCGCAGGGACAGAUCACGGAGGGUGCCUACAGCUUUGUGGCCGAUGGACAGAACAUACUGCCGCGCACAGAGGUCAUCCGACGUCUGCGGGAGCGCGGUGAACCCAUUCUCAUAUUCGGCGAGACGGAGCCCGAGGCGUUCGACAGAUUGCGGCAGUGCGAGAUCUCGCAACCAGAGGCUAACCGGGGAUUCCGCAACGAUUUCCAGGAGGCCAUGGAGCAGGUGGAUGCCGCCUAUCUGCAGGAGAUGUUCGCCAAUGCACCCACCGCCAAAGAGGACAAGAAAUCUGACCUGGCCGAGCUGGACGAGUCUGUUUCCUGGGAGAGCAUACAGACAAUGGCCCAGAAGAUGGGUCGCAACAAGGACUACGACAUGGACGUGAUCAUCACGCUGCUCACCUUCCUGCUCAAGCUGUGGAACGACCAGAUUGCCACCUACAGCAAGCACGAGAUAAUGUCGACAAAGGUGAAAAUGACGCGCGUCAUCUACACCCAGACGAAGGAGUACGUGAAGCCGCUGUUCCGCAAGCUGAAGCACCACACGCUGCCCGAGGACAUCCUGGACAGCCUGCGCGACAUUGUCAAACAUCUGCUGAACCGCAACUACAUCACUGCCAGCGAUGCCUACCUGGAGAUGGCCAUCGGCAAUGCCCCGUGGCCCAUCGGAGUCACCAUGGUGGGCAUCCAUGCGCGUACGGGUCGUGAAAAGAUCUUCUCCAAGAACGUGGCGCACGUAAUGAACGACGAGACGCAGCGAAAGUAUAUACAGGGCCUGAAGCGACUGAUGACCAAGUGCCAGGAAUAUUUCCCCACAGAUCCCUCCAAGUGCGUCGAAUAUGUUAGCAAGAAGGAUCGUGAAUAAAGUCGAAACGUUUAUAUAUUAGUCAUAAAUAU